UUAGUAAGGGAAAUUCAAAUAUUGAAAGAUGAUAUAAGGCAUCUUUUGAGAUUACAUGUAGAUAAGGAAAAUGUAGAGAUAGAAAUGGAUAAGAAUACCAUCCAAAUAAAAAGGUAUGAGGACCUGAAGAAAUUUGAUGCUGAAUUAAAUGAUCUGGAAUAUUUCAAAAAAAUGUUUGUCCAAAUUUGGCCUCACCGGAGGAAAGGACGUAGCAGAGACAACACGCAAAAUAAUCAAACUUAUAAUAGGCCAUGAAUUAGCAAUUUCCCUGAAUUGGUCAGGUAGGAAUAAUAAAAAUGGAUUAGAACCAAUGGCGAAUAUUGUUAAGCUUAUUCACGGAUCUGUAAGGAGAAAUCCUAUUACAAAAAAUGCCACUGAUAUGGAAAUGAAUCAUGUGAUAAUGAAUUGGCUUCGCAAUGCCAGUGACAGAGCAGGAGGUAGAUUGAGAAGAGCGGAGGAAAAAGAAGCAGGCAAUAAUGAGUAGUGCAUAAAUAUAUAC